UUCCGGUGCCCCCCCGGCGAGUACCCCGCUUUCUCACGUUCCUGCGAAGAUCCUGCGCGAUAGUCGGGCAGCACCGCGCGUCCUGGCCUUGAUCGCGCGAUGGCCACGAUAUCCCGCCAGGCGAUGUAAUUGGCAGGAAGUAAAGUGAGCAUUAGCCGCCUGGCGAUACUCCGCUCGUUGCGGGGUUUACGCAUUUCCAUCGCUCGCGAUGCGGAAUCAGACGCGAGAACGAGCGCGAUGAGUUCCCGUGAGAACGCGCGGAUUAUACAGCUUGCUGCUCCACUGAGUUCCUUUUUUUCGCGGUGAUUGUGUGCUGGAUCAACGUGUAACUGGGUGCCCGUGCGUGUCAAACGAGUGAUCGGCAAGGUGCUGCCUGUACGCUACGUGUGUCCGCAUUUUGUGUCACUAGGUUGUGAGGCAGUGUGCAGUGAGAGAUCAAAUGCUUCUCUGCCUUCUAAUCGUACAGAGAUGCUCAUUAUGUAAUGUAUCCCAUGUAAAUAUACCUGCAAAAAUUACAAGCACCUAACGAUGGAACACUCCGAGUUGGUCGCGGAAAUGAUACACGUCGAAAGGCUGACGACGCAAGAACGGUUACACUUAGCACGCCAUCGUAGGCUACAGCAAUUAAAAGUAUGGAGACAACGUGAAAAGGAGUGGUUACGACACCAGACUAGGCACACAAGUAACAAGCGUCACAUAUAUUUUAGCGAUAGUGUUAUGUUAUUAGAAGCCGCUGCAAGAAAUGAUAUCGAUGAAGUAAGACGACUUUUGAAAAAGGGCGUGAAUCCAGACUCGACGAACGAGGACGGCUUGACCGCGCUGCAUCAGUGUUGCAUCGACGACAAUGAGGAGAUGAUGAAGCUGCUGAUCGAAUUUGGUGCUAACGUGAACGCGGAGGACAGCGAGAAGUGGACGCCGCUGCACGCGGCUGCUACGUGCGGUCACCUGCACUUAGUUAAAUAUCUUAUCGCCAGGGGUGCAAAUUUAUUAGCCGUUAACGCUGACGGCAAUAUGCCGUACGACAUUUGCGAGGAUGAGAAAACGUUGGACUGCAUCGAAGGCGAGAUGGCGAGGCGAGGAGUGACUCAAGAAUUAAUAGACGAGACGAGAGCUUCGACUGAGAUUCAAAUGUUACGGGACUUGCAGAAGAUCGCCUCGUUAGGAGGUGAUCUCGAGUACAAAGAUCAUCAAGGUGCUACGCCUCUUCACAUUGCAGCGGCAAAUGGUUACGUAAGAGUCGUAGAGUUUCUUCUUGAUCAGCACGUGUCGACCGAUGUGGAGGAUAACGACAAAUGGCAGCCGGUACAUGCGGCCGCAUGUUGGGGACAUCUGGAGGUGCUCGAGUUGCUAGUGCAGAAUGGAGCAGAUCUAAACGCGAAGAACAAGCACGAUGAGACUCCCGCAGAUAUAUGCGAAGAUCUGGAGAUCAGGGAAAGGAUAAUGGAACUGAAAACGGAGCAAGAGAGUAAACGGCUUCGCGAGGCACAAGGACGGAGGGUGCGCAGGUCACAGAGCAUAAAUACGCGAACGCAGAGUGUACGUCGGACGUCUAUUCGAGACAAGGUUCUCACCACGAAGAAGGACGCUCAGGAGGAAGCUCGCUUGAGGUUACAGGCGCAACAGACGUACGUCAGCGCUCCUACGCCUAGUAUCCCACCGUUGGAGAACAAUACGCAGGAAGCGGGAGAUCACGAGACUGAUUCGAACGCAUUGACGCCGGCGGUGCGAAAAGGCCCCGAGGGAAAAGACAAUGAAUCUUUCCUCCACGAGGAUGUCGAUAAAGAUUCAGCAGUAGCAGGAUCGGAUCCGCCGGUCGGUAGCCAGCAGCAGUCACCGAUUUAUGCCACUGAUAGUGACACCAACGGCAAGAUCAACAUACACGUAUCCGUUGUCUUCGUGAAAUCCUUGUCCGAUCUGAAGAAACAACGAGCACAGAACCGGCACAUAUCUGGUAGUUCUCUAGACGCCAACGGUAACGGUAUCCCGAUGCCGGUCUCGUCCAUCUCCAAUUCUGACCUCAGUACCGAUGACUUUACUCAUCAACGCUUCACUGGGAAUACCAGUGAGAUCGUAGGCGAUAAUCAUUCCGAAAAGAGCUGCUGCACUGUCAUGUAACGCAUUACUACUUAUCGCGUUUUUCUCGUCUUCCUUCCGCUGCGUGCGGGAUAUCGUAAGGUCUACCGGAAAUCUUUGCAUUUAUCGCAUGAGUGAAAAUGUGUUCCCGCGAUUAAUUUCCAGUAUUUCUUUUCCAAGACUUGACGUAUUUUCACGUUUCCACGAUUUUGUAUUCAAUUCUUUUAUAUAUAUAUAUAUAUAUAUAUAUAUAUAUUUCUUUAUUUCACAUAUAAUAAUAUUAUGUACAUUACAAAUCUGCAGCCACAUCUGUGUCGAUAGCUUUAAAAUCAAAACAACUAUGCAGUUUUGGUAUUGUGCGAACGGUAUGUACUUAAAUCGUAACAAAAUGUUCGCUCUACCGUUAUUACGCGGACUGCAACGCCUGAAAUGAGCUUGCAUUUCUGUAUCGAGAAUUGAGAACACUUUGUUACGGCACCCCUGUAAACACUUGUAAGAAUGUGUACUUAUACAUGAAAAAAAAAUGCAUAAUAAUGCAUUUUUAAUAAUUGCAAUUUGCAGCGCCUAACGCGUUUAAAUAUUGUACAGACUUUUAUCUUAUUUAUUGUUAUAUUAAUGAAAAUGUAUAGAGAUAUAUUAAACGCACGCAUGAGAGAGUAGAAAGUGUGUUAUAUUACGUAGGUAUUAUUACUUCAAAUUUUAUAGUGUCUCUGCAAACAGAUAAGACUAUCAAACAUCUUCUAAUAUUUUUAUGAGACUAUAGCUAUAAGAAUUAAGUAAAAAGUUUUUUAUAUCGAUUUAAAGAUUAUUUGUAAAUUUUGAUAUGUAAUAUUUAUCUACAUUAAAACUCUAUAGACUUCGCGCUGAAUUCCUUAUUCCAUGUAUAGUAAGUCACAGUGCUAUCAUGAUUUAUGAUUUUAUGCGUUGCGCCUCGUACGAUGUAAAGUAUUCUUGCUGAGUUAUUUCGAUAUUGUAUCAGAUGUACGAAGCAUAAAAUGUGUAAUAAACUUUACGCCAAAUCAAAUGAAAUGUAUGUAGUCCAACAAUGAUUUAACAAUCGAAAUAUAAUGCCGGUAAUGAAUUUCACUCAAAAUCAACGUACGUACAGGCAUAUGUAAAAUAAUAAUUUGUCCUGCUUAACAGGCAUAUUUUUUGUACACUUUAUGUGUCAAAUAAUACCCGAAUUACAUAAAUAAGAGAAUUUUCCAAGAAAGUGGAUAGUACAAAUAAGCACUCAACAUUCCUCUAGUGACGUGUAAUUAAUGUUGCCAAACUUUGUGCGUGAUUUCGCGUAAUUCGCUAUUCAUUCCAAAUUUUUUAAUGCAAUACUCGUACAUCUUUGAUAAUGUUGUUACUACGAUUAUUCCGAUUUAGGAAAUACAUAACUCACUUGUGAUUGUUUACUUAAUUUGAACAUGAAUAUUAUAGCGAGAGUUGAUUUCAUUGGCUGUAUUUGAAAUGAAUUUGUGUGACAUCUAUCGCCUGUUUAUUGUAAUAAUAAAACUAUAACAUUAUAUAUACACUUAUAUAUAUAUAAAUAAAAUUGCUGUAUAUGUUAAA